GGCCGAGGCGGCGGCGGCGGCCCCCGGGCGAGGGAGGCCGCGCUGGCGGCGUCGUCGUCGUUGUCGUCGUCGUGGGCGAUGAUGGAGAUCCAGAUGGACGAGGGCGGCGGGGUGGUGGUGUACCAGGACGACUACUGCUCGGGCUCGGUGAUGUCGGAGCGGGUGUCGGGGCUGGCGGGCUCCAUCUACCGCGAGUUCGAGCGGCUGAUCGGCUGCUACGACGAGGAGGUGGUGAAGGAGCUGAUGCCGCUGGUGGUGAACGUGCUGGAGAACCUGGACUCGGUGCUCAGCGAGAACCAGGAGCACGAGGUGGAGCUGGAGCUGCUGCGCGAGGACAACGAGCAGCUCCUCACCCAGUACGAGCGCGAGAAGGCGCUGCGCAAGCAGGCCGAGGAGAAGUUCAUCGAGUUUGAAGAUGCCCUGGAACAGGAGAAAAAGGACCUUCAGAUCCAGGUGGACCACCUCGACCUGCAGACCCGUCAGCUGGAGCUCAAGGCCAAAAACUAUGCAGACCAGAUUUCCCGACUGGAGGAGCGGGAGUCAGAGAUGAAGAAAGAGUACAACGCCCUGCAUCAGCGCCAUACGGAGAUGAUCCAGACCUACGUGGAGCACAUCGAGCGGUCUAAGAUGCAGCAGGGCGGAGGAAACAGCCAGUCGGAGGGCAGCCUGCCCGGGAGGAGGAAGGAGCGCCCCACCUCUCUCAACGUGUUCCCCCUUGCCGACGGAAUGGUACGUGGACAGAUAGGGGGCAAGGUCAUCCCCACUGUGGACCACUGGCACCUGAGUGACCUCGGCCAGCUGCAGUCCAACUCCAGCUACAAGUGCCCUCAGGACGAGAUGUCCGAGUCCGGCCAGUCCUCGGCCCCCGCCACGCCCAGCACCACGGGCACCAAGUCCAACACGCCGACGUCCUCGGUGCCCUCUGCCGCCGUCACCCCCCUGAACGAGAGCCUGCAGCCCCUGGGCGACUUCGGCGUCGGAGGGAAGAACAGCAAGCGGACGCGCGAGAAGCGUAACAGCCGCAACAUGGAAGUGCAGGUCACCCAGGAGAUGAGGAACGUCAGCAUCGGUAUGGGAAGCAGCGACGAGUGGUCCGACGUCCAAGACAUCAUAGAUUCAACGCCAGAGCUGGACAUGAGCCAGGAGCCCCGGCUGGAACGCACGGGAAAUAGCCCAACCCAGGGAAUUGUGAACAAGGCGUUCGGCAUCAACACCGACUCCCUGUACCACGAGCUGUCCACCGCGGGAUCCGAAGUCAUCGGGGACGUGGACGAAGGUGCAGACCUACUAGGGGAGUUCUCAGUGCGGGAUGAUUUUUUUGGAAUGGGCAAGGAAGUGGGGAACCUACUUCUGGAGAACUCCCAGCUCCUGGAGACCAAAAACGCUCUGAACGUGGUGAAGAACGACCUGAUCGCCAAGGUGGACCAGCUGUCCGGAGAGCAGGAAGUGCUGAAGGGGGAGCUGGAGGCCACCAAGCAGGCCAAGGCCAAGAUGGAAAGCAGGGUUAAGGAGUUAGAGGAGGAGCUGAAGAGAGUGAAGUCAGAGGCUAUCACUGCCCGAACAGACCCCAAAGAAGAGGUGGAGGAUGUAAGCAGCUAUCUCUGUACAGAAUUGGACAGCAUCCCCAUCGCCCAGCGCCGCCGCUUCACCCGCGUGGAGAUGGCCCGCGUGCUCAUGGAGCGGAACCAGUACAAGGAGCGGCUCAUGGAGCUCCAGGAGGCCGUGAGGUGGACGGAGAUGAUCAGGGCGUCCCGGGAGCACCCGUCCGUCCAGGAGAAGAAGAAAUCGACCAUCUGGCAGUUCUUCAGCCGCCUGUUCAGCUCCUCGUCCAGCCCGCCGCCCGCCAAGAGGGCCUACCCCUCAGUCAACAUCCACUACAAGUCUCCGACCGCGGCCGGCUUCAGCCAGCGGCGCAGCCACACCAUGGGCCAGAUCUCCGCCGGCAGCCGCACGCUCGAGUUCUUCCCCGAGGACGACUGCACGUCGUCGGCCCGGCGGGAGCAGAAGCGGGAGCAGUACCGCCAGGUGCGUGACCACGUGCGCAACGACGACGGGCGGCUGCAGGCCUGCGGCUGGAGUCUGCCGGCCAAGUACAAGCAGCUGAGUCCCAGCGGGGGCCAGGAGGACACUCGCAUGAAGAACGUGCCCGUGCCGGUGUACUGCCGCCCCUUGGUGGAGAAGGACCCCACCAUGAAGCUGUGGUGUGCAGCCGGAGUGAACCUGAGCGGCUGGAAGCCAAGCGAAGAGGAUUCUGGGAAUGGGACCAAGCCAACUCCAGGCCGGGACCCCCUGACCUGUGACCGGGAGACGGAAGGAGAGAGCAAGAGUAACCACACCUCGCCGGAGAAGAGAAAGGGGAAGGAGCUCCACGAGACGGACGCCACCUCCAGCCGCGUCUGGAUCCUCACCAGUACCUUGUCCACCAGCAAAGUGGUGAUCAUCGACGCCAACCAGCCGGGCACGGUGGUGGACCAGUUCACCGUCUGCAACGCCCACGUGCUCUGUAUCUCCAGCAUCCCCGCGGCCAGCGAGAGCGACUACCCGCCGGGCGAGAUCUUCCCGGAGGGAGACGUGAACCCGGAGGAGUCGGGGGCCGACGGGGUCCUGGCCGGGAUCACCCUGGUGGGUUGCGCCACCCGCUGCAACGUGCCGCGCAGCAACUGCUCCUCCCGCGGAGACACCCCCGUCCUUGACAAGGGGCAGGGAGAGGUGGCCGCCGUCAGCAACGGGAGGAUCAACCAGUGCCAGUCCACCGAGGAGGCCACCGAGGCCACCGAAGUCCCCGAGCCGGGCCCCGGAGAGAACGAGGCGGCCGCGGCCCGGCCCGGCCCCCUCACUGAGCACGUCUUCACGGACCCGGCGCCCGCAGCGGCCGGCACGGCGGCGGGCACUCGGCCGAUCAGUGAGAACGGGCAGCAGCAAGGCGAGGCCGGCCCCGGACCCCCGGAGCAGGAAGCCCAUGGAGACCCGGCGGGCAUCGGCACCAGCGCUGCGCCCACCAUGUGGCUCGGAGCCCAGAACGGCUGGCUGUACGUUCACUCCGCCGUGGCCAACUGGAAGAGAUGCCUGCACUCCAUCAAGCUGAAGGACUCGGUGCUCAGCCUGGUGCACGUGAAGGGCCGGGUGCUGGUGGCCUUGGCGGAUGGGACCCUGGCCAUAUUCCACAGAGGGGAAGACAGGCAGUGGGACCUCAGUAAUUACCACCUGAUGGACCUGGGCCACCCCCACCACUCCAUCCGCUGCAUGGCCGUGGUCUACGACCGCGUCUGGUGCGGCUACAAGAACAAAGUCCACGUCAUCCAGCCCAAGACCAUGCAGAUUGAGAAGUCGUUCGACGCCCACCCGCGCCGGGAGAGCCAGGUGCGCCAGCUGGCCUGGAUCGGCGACGGCGUCUGGGUGUCCAUCCGGCUGGACUCCACGCUGCGCCUCUACCACGCCCACACGCACCAGCACCUGCAGGACGUAGACAUCGAGCCCUACGUCAGCAAGAUGCUGGGCACCGGCAAACUGGGCUUCUCGUUCGUACGCAUCACGGCCCUGCUGAUCGCCGGCAACCGCCUCUGGGUCGGCACUGGCAACGGCGUGGUCAUCUCCAUCCCCCUGACCGAGACCGUUGUCCUGCACCGAGGCCAGCUCCUGGGGCUCCGGGCCAACAAGACGUCCCCCACGUCGGGCGAGGGGAGCCGGCCGGGGGGCGUCAUCCACGUGUACGGGGACGACGGCAGCAGCUUCAUCCCCUACUGCUCCAUGGCCCAGGCCCAGCUCUGCUUCCACGGACACCGCGACGCCGUCAAGUUCUUCGUCUCUGUGCCGGGAAACGUCCUCGCCACCCUCAACGGGAGCGUCCUGGACAGCCCCUCGGAGACCCCCGGCUCGGCCGCCUCCGCCACCGAGACCACCGAGGGCCAGAAGCUGAAGAACGCGCUGGUGCUCAGCGGUGGCGAAGGCUACAUCGACUUCCGGAUCGGUGACGGGGAAGACGACGAGACGGAGGAGGGCGGCGGGGACGCCGCUCAGGUGAAGCCUGUGCUCUCCAAAGCCGAGCGGAGCCACAUCAUCGUCUGGCAGGUGUCCUAUGUCCCCGAGUGACCCCCACCCCCACCCCUCCGCCCCCUCCUCACCUUCUCCUCCCUCCCUCCUCCUCCUCCCACUGCUGCUGCCGCCGCCUGAAUGCCCAGCUGGCCACAUGUUGUACAUACCAACCCCCUCCCUCUCUCCCUCCCACCCACUGGGGGCAGGGACCAGGCCCCCCACCCCCCCACCCCCGGGGCCAUCACGGGGCAAAGGGAAGAGCCUGUCCCCGCGGCGCCGGGGGCGGGGGGCUCACAGCCCCGGCCCCAGGUACGGGCAUCUGGUGCCCAGGCCAUGCCCUGCACGGCACCACCCCCACCCCUCAGUGGAAAUCCCCCCGCCCCUGCCAGCCCGGGGCCCUAGCCUUAAAAUGCCCAACUUACCCAUCAGUCCUCCCCGCUGCGGCCAUCGACGUGGUUGUCUGCGGUGGGGGGCGGCCCCCUCCCCCGGGCCCUCCAUCGAGCCCCCGCCUGGUCCCGGCUCUCCCGAUGGGGCCGGAUUCCGGCCGAUCCCCAGUUUCCAUCCGCCCCCAGGCUGGGGAGAGGAAGGGAAGCCUGGACCGGUCCUGGGGGGGGCCGGGGCUGGGGAGAGAGACCCGAACUCCCAGCUUCCCCCCAGCCCCGGCCCAUCCAUCCGUCCCGGGCUGGGGGCCGCCGAGGGGAUGGGCCGCAAGCCCCCACCCCCGCUUACAGCGGAAAUGGCUGGAGCAGUGGGCCCUCCUGGGCACCCCCCCAAAACCCCCCCGUACCAAGUGCCUCGGCUCAGCCUGGCUGGCUGCCUGCCGGCCUCUAGGGCAGCGAG